UUUAAUAAAUUCUUCAAACCUCAUUCUUCCUCCUCUCCUAUUAGUUCCCAAUCUCUCUCUUUCUCUCUCGUCACCCAUUUCCUUAAUCAAUCAUCAUCUUCCUUCUGUAAAAACCAAAGCCAAAGAAGCCCCACAAAUGUAAAACCACUAUCCUCCAACAGUCCUUUCAAGAAAACCAUUAGAUUCCCAUAAAUAAAGGACUUAAAGUUCCAUAUUAUCCAGCUCCCUUCAUUCCCACCAUUUUUUCCUCAUUUCUUCUUUUCUCCAUUUCCACAACCCAAAAAAAAUAAAUCAAAUCUUUCACAAAAAUGGGUGGAAAAAAGGAGGAAAUUUUCAAACUCUAACACUUAGCUUUUUUCAAGAAAAUCCAAGAAAGUUGCUUAUUUUGCCUUGAAAACAAGAGAUACCCAAAUUGGGGUAAGCUCAAAUCUCCAAGAUUUCCCAAGAAUAAAUGUCCCAAAUGAAGCACAUUGACAAUAUCCCAUCAACUCCUGGAAAGUUCAAGGAAAAAUCCCCUUACAAUAGGCUAAGGCUCCAUUUUUCUUUAACCAAGCUCACAUUUUGGUCAUUUGUGUUCUUGGGGUUGAUCUUUGUAUUCUUUUUCAGAUCACCAUCUUCUUCUUCAUCAUCCCCUGCAGCUUCAGAUCUCUCAAGGAGAUCUCUUAGAACCAGCUCUUAUGAUGGUCCAGCUUGGGAGAAAAGGAUUAAAGCUUCAGCUAAAGUCAGGUCACAUUCUGGUAUUUCGGUUUUGGUAACUGGUGCUGCUGGUUUUGUUGGGACUCAUGUCUCCGCUGCCUUAAAACGUCGCGGUGAUGGCGUUGUGGGGUUGGAUAAUUUCAAUGAUUAUUAUGAUCCAACACUGAAAAGAGCCCGGCAAGCUCUUUUAGAGCGCACCGGGGUCUACAUUGUAGAGGGCGACAUCAAUGACGUCGCCCUCUUGAAGAAAUUAUUUGAUAUUGUUCAAUUUAGUCAUGUUAUGCAUUUGGCUGCACAAGCUGGUGUUAGGUAUGCCAUGGAAAAUCCUGGCUCAUAUGUGCAUAGUAACAUUGCUGGUUUGGUUAAUGUUCUUGAAGUUUGCAAAAAUGCUAAUCCGCAACCUGCUAUUGUGUGGGCAUCAUCUAGUUCUGUAUAUGGCUUGAAUACUAAAGUGCCCUUUUCAGAAAAGGAUAGGACAGACCAACCUGCUAGUUUAUAUGCUGCAACUAAAAAAGCUGGUGAGGAAAUUGCACAUACCUAUAAUCAUAUAUAUGGGCUUUCACUAACUGGAUUGAGAUUUUUCACGGUUUAUGGACCGUGGGGUCGGCCAGACAUGGCUUACUUCUUUUUCACAAGGGAUAUUUUGAAGGGAAAGUCAAUUCCCAUCUUUGAGGCAGCUAAUCAUGGCACUGUUGCUAGGGACUUUACCUACAUUGAUGACAUAGUAAAGGGUUGUUUGGCGGCAUUGGACACUGCUGAAAAGAGCACGGGAAGUGGUGGGAAGAAGAAAGGCCCUGCUCAAUUGAGGGUGUUCAAUUUGGGCAAUACUUCCCCUGUGCCUGUUUCUGAUCUUGUUAGCAUUUUGGAGAGGUUGCUAAAGGUAAAGGCUAAAAGAUCGGUGAUGAAGUUGCCAAGGAACGGCGAUGUGCAGUUUACUCAUGCAAAUAUAAGCUUUGCCAAAAGGGAGCUUGGAUAUAAGCCUACAACAGAUUUACAUACUGGAUUGAAGAAAUUCGUUCGAUGGUACCUCAGUUACUAUGGCGAUGAAACGAAAAAAUGAACGGCUCCUGUUUUUCACUCUGCCCUUUUACACAAUGAUGUUGGGGGAAAAACAGGACAAUGAUGUGGAAGAAGAAGGAAAUGUGAGUACAUGUAAACAACUUCUAAAUUUUACUUUAGUAGCUACAAAGAACUUAGCCAUAUUUUUACGAAAAGAAAGUCUGAUUUAUUGAUUAAUUAGAUGAUUAAGUGGUAGGAUAGUUUGAUGUAUUGAAGAUACCUUCUGAUAGGUAUAGUUCAAUACUAGCAUAGAAUGAGACAUGAAGUGUAAAUGAAAUGAAACUAUUUACUUCCA